GAAAUAAUAACUAAAACUACCAGAAUGGUCUGAUAAGUAAUACCUAACAUGGUGAAUUCUGGUUUUGAACUAUUGUUUUUCUUAAAUUACUUCUUUUUCAGACCUUAAGCAACCUGGAAAGUCAAUGCAUUCGGGACUAGAGAGAAGGAAAGGAGGGGUAAUAGGUUGUAGACUUAAGACCUGCAGAUUUCCUCAAGCGUUACAAUGGUGUUCUGUUGGGGAUAGGUAACCCUCUUCCUCUACCUCUAUCGACACUCUGUGCCCCUCUGUUUCUUGCUACCAUUUGAAACUACUCGAGCAGUUCUCAGCUACACAUUGUGCUCUUCAGUGUAAACAAACCUUUUUCUCUCAGUAUUUAGAUACAGUAGGCAAAUCCCAGGGGUGAUAGCUCAGGCACGGUUGGUUUUGGUUCACUUGUUAGCCAUUGCUGGUUAAAUCUGCUGUACUGUCUAGCUACCCAUUGGCAGGCUCAGCAAAAAGCUUUAGAAAAAAACUUGCUCUGUGAUCCAUUUGCCAAAUCCAGAGUUUAGUGCCUCCUCUGUAAUCAAGCUGGAGUCAGCUGAUUUAUAGCUGAGACUUUUCAUGCCAGUAUCCUGCUUGUUGUCCUUUCCCUGCCUCUUUGGUCAAGUGACUCCAGUUGCUGGAAAAAAGUAAACUGAAUCUCAGACUCCAAUUUAGAAUUAUCUCUUGUUACCUCUAAACACUAGGAUUUCUUUCAACUUAGAACAGUGUCAAUUUGAUAAGGAGGUACAACUCCCAGAAGAAUCUAAAGAGCAUAAAGUCUCUUCUGGAGUUUGCUGUCUCCUGACAGAUGGAGAAAGGUUUCAACCCUUCAGCAUGAACACAGAUAGUCUGAUUCAGAGGAAGCAAUUGGCAGAACGAAGACACGGUUCAAUGUGUAAACCUUCCCCUUCUCCAGCUUCUCCAGCCUGCAAUUCCAGGACAUCCCUAGUACAGAUGAAACCGAAAUCCUGUAUCAGCGGCCAUAACCCUGUCAGCAGCAACUCAAAGCCAUUCAAAACGCCCAAAGACAAUCUACUUACCUCCAGUAGCAAACAGCACACAGUCUUUCCUUCAAAAGUAUCACGGGAUAAACCAUGCGUUCCUGUUCCAGUAGUCAGUCUAGAGAAAAUUCCUAACCUAGUGAAGGCAGAUGGUGCCAAUGUUAAAAUGAAUUCUGCAACCACUACCACCAUCACCUCGUCCUCAGCCUCUUCAUCCACCAUACCUGCUCCAACUUUGGUUAAAUCUGGUUUGACAUCCAAGUCAGUGCCACCGUCACCAGAAAAGAUUCUGAACGGCAAAGGAAUUGUAGCUCCAUCAAUAGACAAGAAACACCAAAAUGGCACUAAAAGCAGUAACAAGCCUUACAAAAGACUUUCAGAAAGAGAAUUUGACCCAAAUAAACACUGUGGAGUACUGGAUCCUGAAACAAAGAAACCUUGCACAAGAUCACUCACCUGCAAGACUCAUUCACUUAAUCAUCGACGAGCAGUUCCAGGCCGUAAAAAACAGUUUGACAUCCUUCUAGCUGAACACAAAGCUCGAUCCAGGGAAAAAGAAGUUGCAAAAGACAAAGAGCAUCCACCAUCUGCAAGGGAAAGCUAUCAGAGCCAGCCCACACCAGCACAAGACUCUCUGUCAGGAUGUUCAGUGAACUCUGGGCAAGAAUCUAAAGUAACAUCUCCUGCAAAAUCUAGACCACCAAAUUCUGUACUUCCAAGACCGUCAUCUGCAAAUAGCAUAAACAGCAACAGUUCUUCAAACCACAGUGGGUACGUACCAGAACUGCCACUGCCUUCCAUGGGAGGAGAUUUAACAAGCAGAUUGUCCAGUGAUGAAGGAGAAGCGGAUGGAGCUGAAGAAUCUGAGAAAUUAGACUGUCAUUUUUCUGGACACCAUCCCAGACCUCUUGGGUUUUGUUCGUACGGCAGUCGCUUAAUGGGAAGAGGGUACUAUGUCUUUGACAGAAGAUGGGACCAUUUUCGAUUCGCACUAAACUCUAUGGUAGAAAAACACUUGAACUCACAGAUGUGGAAGAAAAUUCCUCCUGCGGCAGAUAGUCCCAUGCCUUCUCCAGCAGCACAUGUCUCCACUCCUUUUCCAGCGUCAGUCUUACAGCCUUUCAGCACCCCCAGUGCGGUGUAUAUUCCUUCAACACCUAUCAGUUCCAGAAUCACUUCUUCUUCUUACAUAAUGACAUCAGCCAUGUUAUCAAACGCAGCCUUUGUGACAACGUCGGAUACGAAUUCCAUUAUGUCACACACUACAGCUUUUCCUCACAUGGCUGCAAGCCUAAGUAUCAUGGACUCAACUUUCAAGGCGCCAUCAGCUGUGUCACCAGUGCCAGCAGUCAUCCCUUCCCCAUCCCACAAGCCAUCCAAAACAAAAACCAGCAAAUCCUCAAAAGUGAAAGACCUGUCAUCUCGGGGUGAUGAGUCUUCAAGUAACAAAAAGAAAAAGCCGCAGUCAUCGUCAUCAUCGUCAUCAUCGUCCUCGUUAUCUUUGCAGACAUCUUCCUCGUCUUCAUUUUCAGGGUCCCACAAAAAGAACUGUGUCCUGAACCCCAGUUCGACUUUGAACUCCUAUCAGGCUACAUCCUCCUAUAACAGUAUGUCUGUGCACAAUACAAAUAACGGAACAAGCCCACUCAGUGCCAAAUCGGAGCCCUCAGGACGGACUUCAUUAUCAAGUAGUUCAACAGACUCAGUGAAACAUAUGAGCAUGGUAGUAAGCAGUAUUGACUCUUCUAAUCUGUCUGUAUCUUCUCUUGUGCACCACUCAGGGGACCACUCCCUGGGAGCACAUAACGCAGUGUCUUCUCUACCCCUUUCUUUUGACAAAUCAGAAGGAAAAAAACGUAAAAACUCUAGUUCUAGUAGCAAAGCCUGUAAAAUCACUAAAAUGCCUGGUAUGAAUAGUGUUCAUAGAAAGAGCACUGCCAACCUUAUUUCUGCGGUGCCAGAUCCUACAAGCAGCUCCAUCUCUCGGCAGAUUGGAAAAAAUAGCAGUGUAGCUUUGUCACAGUCCAGUCCUUCGAGUACAUCAAACCCUGUACACAACAGACAAAAGACGUCAAACCGGACUGGUAGAAUAAGGACUCUUCCAUGACAAGGAAAAGGAACCAGCCUAUAAUCUCUAGCUCUCAGCAGCCCUACACCACAGGGUUUUUCUUUUCUAUGUCCUGCAGAUGGAUUUAACCUUUUAUGAAUUUGUGGUUUUAAAGAGAAUUAAAUUUACAGAAAACUGUAAUAGUGAUUUGUUUAGUUUUUCACUUGUAUUUGCCACUGAUCUGUGCGUUCUGCUUGGUUAUGUUUCAUGCCUUUUAAAGCUGUUAGUGUUGCAAUGCUCCCUUUGUUUCCGUACCAGAACACAGUGGACAUUCCAAAAAACAAAAGAAAUCCAGAUCAUGAUUUGAAUUCAUUUAAAGGAUCUCCAAAUUUUUUCAUGAAAUAAAAAUUACAGUAAUUCUGUAUUUAAGCUUGUCCUAUGGAUAAAAAUGGAGUGCAUUUCUUAGUAACUUGCAAACAGCUGGGGCACUGCAACUUUAGGGACUAAUCCUGACUGGUGCUCUGUACCUACAGCAUUUAAUAACUUCAAUGGGAAUUCUAAGUGUUCAGCCUCUUCCAGGAUGAGGCUCUUAAGGAACCUACACUUCAGUCAAUGCAGAGCGGAUUUUUGCACCAAACUGUAGUUAAUGUUAUCAGGGGCUCAACAUGCAACAUCCCCAUAUCCCGGGGGAUUUGUAGACCCUCGAGGUCACGGCGCUUGAUAACUUCAGUGAACAGUUUGGGUUUGCAAGGGCAGGAGUUGAGCAGAUUGGCUUGCAUUAAUAGAAUUGCACUGACAGUGUUUCUUAUAGGAUUACUGAAUAAUUUUUUAAUAAAAUAGAGAUUUUUUUAAUCAGGAAGCCAAUACUGGAACAAUAGAACAGAGGAGUUAAUUUUUAUUUCUACAGUGUUAAAAGUGCACUUAUAUGCUGGUUUAUUUACAUCUUGGGGGGAAAGGCGAGAGACUGCAAAUAGGGAGAUUAUUACUACUUUCUUUUUUAAAAAAAGAAGGCUUAAGGCAAAUUUUAAGACUAAAAAAGUUGAAGCAAUUAUAAACAAGGUUGGACCCUUUGAAAAAAAAGUUUAGAAAUAUUCUUAAAAUAAAUUUUUAUAGUGUUAAUUUUGUAAUAAUUUAUGUUUUGCUAUACUUCAGAGCUAACUGACCGCUAUAGUUUCAGAAACAGUAUGAAACUUAGGAAAGUUUAAGCAAUGUUUAUAUUUUUAAAAUGUUCUUUGAAUUAUGUUUUUAUUGUACAUUUCUUCAGACUGAAAAAAAAUGUGUACAUAUCUUGGUUAUUUUUGCACAAUUUUUGUCUUGUUCAGUUGUAGGAGCAGUACUAUGUUGAUUAUUUUUUUUUUCUUUAAUUUAUUUUGAGUUAUAAAACUGCAGGAGUUUCAAAAUCUCAGUAUCAAAGUCAUCCUCUGUAAUCAAUGAACUGCUAUUUCUAGUCGUUGAGGGAAAACAGUGGUUGUGAGAUUCAGUGGUUGCUUCUGAGAAAUAAUGCUAAUCAAUGACUGAAGGAGCAAUUUUGUAGUUUUUAGGAAGCUUUAGCUCUAUCCAUGCAUCUUUUAAUUGGAAAGCUGGAAUAUGGAGCCUGUCCUUUGAAUGCUGCUUAAAUGUUUUUUCAACUGGCUUACACCUGACAGCAUUUCAGGAGAGUUAAGUGUGAAGUAAAACCCCGCGGUGUCCUUUCAUCGUCAGAGAGUCAUUAUUUAAUUCUAUGGAUCAAAAAUUUCAGCCUGAAAAGUGAAACGGAAGUAAACAUUAGGAAAAACCGGAGACAAACUGGACCAGCCUAUAAUGCAUUCUUAGCGUAGCAUUCACUCGGUAGUUCUUUUUCUUCCCCAUUUGCCUGAAAAUCGUGUGAUUUGUUUCCAGCAAUAGAGGCUCAGAAGCUUUGGUUGUUACACAUUCGCAAUGCAUAGGCCCGUCAGCCAUAAAAAGCGACUUGGAUAACUUGUAUGCCUUCUUUUGUAUCGAUGUAACAAUUGUACAUAGUGCUGAUCGACCUUUGUAGAGAAUAGUUUAUACAGCAUAUUCUAUUAUUGCUGAUUCUCAGUGAACUAUUGUUUUAAAAAAAGAAGAAAAAAAGAAAUUUUUCUAUUUACACCUUAUAUUUUGUUAUGCUGUUGACCCAUGGCACUUUAACAAAACUCUGUGGGUUUUGCAUAGCUGGUCAGUCAUGGGAUAUAUUAAAUAACUGUUGUUGCACAGAAAUGAAUUUGCACCUGCUAUAUUGUGCUUUCCUACUACAGAUUUUAGAACCUUUUCCAGAAGACUUUUGAAGAAAGCAUGUCCAAUCAUUCUAAGGAAAAAAAAAAAAUGCCAUAACUUGUACAGCCAAUUUCUUUUCUACAAUCCAUAUUUUGUAACACUAAGUAUUUUCAUUCUUUGUCCUGCACCUUUAUGUAUUAGCAGUAUCAAAUAGAAUUCAUUCCAUGCUUGUGAUAAUUGUAAGCAGAAUAAAUGUCUAAAGUAGGUGUAAAUAGUAAAUUCUAUGGCUUACAGUUUAAAAAAGGAAAACCAGAACAAACGUAUCUGAUUGAUACUGCCGUGGUUCAGCACCGGGCCUGGAGAUAUUCUCUAGUGAGCGAUUGUAUUUUUGGUUUUUGCUUUCUUUUUUUUUUUUUUUUUUUUUUAACAUGGCUUUGUAAAUAAAAUAAUUUAUAUGUUUGUAAGAAA